GGGAGCCGAAGUCGUUUGGAGUUUUGCUGGCGAACAGCAGAGUAGCAGCAUGUGCAGCCCUCACGAAAACUGCGGUGGUUUGCAGGAUGCAAACAAUGGGGCUGCAUAAAGGUCGUCGCGGCAUUCCGGAUUCUGGCCGAGAUAAGUUACUGGGAUGAUGCACUAGGAACCAGUAGAAUGCGAGGGAGCUGAGGUCUCCCUACAAUGCGCGCGCACUUGAUGAGAGUGUCAGAUCAUCCACGGCCCCGAUUGACUCUCGCUGUUGCAUGGCCUCGUGCUCCAGGAGUUGACCUCGGAUCGCGUUAAUGCAUCGUAAGCACCGGAGGCUCGUUGGAUUCUUGGAGCUCUUGGCCCCUGAAUUGCUGUCGACACACUUAUCUUGGGGUGGGCUUCACUUCGUCCCUCGAUUUCUACCCACUCCACACUUCUCUUGCAGAAUCUGUUUGUAAGCUUCUAGCCGACCAAACUAAUACGCGCACUAGACAGAUCAGCACCAGAGUGCACACCUCACCAGAGUGCACUACCUAUCUCCACUUUGUGCGUCACUGCUACACUAGUGUGAGCUAACCAUUUUAAUAAGUUGACCUGGCCGGAGCUAGAGUGGAUAGGUAAGUUUACGUGUCUAGUUCUUUGUGAGCACUUUCUGAUUCCAUUUCGGUCUUCAGCUGUCAUCAUUCGAAAGGAACUCAACGUGAUCACGUACAAGUAGAUAUACAACUUUGCAGUCGAAAAUCUGCAUCUCUUUGGUAUCCAACAUUGCAUAUAGUGCACUUAGCACUACCAAGUAUAAUUCGCGAUCUCCCUCUGGGGAGGGGCGAGGGAGAAGUCUAGUGCUUGGUGUACUAGCAGGAACGGAUCAUCUAUAACAAUGACCAGGGCUCCACUCGGCGACAUCGAGAAAGAGGUGUUGAAGAAAGGACCGUGGACACCCGAUGAAGAUCAAAAGCUUGUGGCUUAUAUUCAACAGCACGGUCAUGGCAGCUGGCGCUCUCUCCCGAUCAAUGCAGGUCUCCAACGUUGUGGCAAGAGCUGCAGGUUGAGGUGGACGAACUACCUUAGGCCUGAUAUCAAGAGGGGCAGAUUCUCGCAUGAGGAAGAUCAGAUGAUUGUCCAUCUCCAUGCAAUUCUAGGCAACAGAUGGUCUGCCAUAGCUAGCCAUCUUCCUCGCCGCACUGACAACGAGAUCAAGAACUACUGGAACACACACUUGAAGAAGCGUCUCAUGCAAAUGGGAAUUGACCCUGUAACACACAAGUCCACGGCAGCGGAGGAGCUCGUGCAUUACAGCAUCAUCCCCGGGCUGCGGCCCGUGGUUUCAACAAAUCUCACCCACAUGUCGCAAUGGGACAGUGCCCGCGCAGAAGCGGAAGCCAGGCUUUCACGGCAAUCAUCUCUUACAUCUCCUGCUUCAGACUUAGCACAGACUUCUCUAGAGCACCAGAAAUCUAACCUGAGCACCAAGAAUGAUGUCAACAAUCAAGUCGCAUCCUCCAACUUCAUGAGCUCCUGGAAGGCUCAGGUCACUGAGACACUGAGACCUAACUUUGGCGUUGUGGAGCUCGACAAACCACCCGCUAGCCCAGUCAAUCUUCAAAAGUUUUUACAAGAGUGGGAAUCCUCACUAAAAGCCCCCCAGCCAGAAAUGGAAGGUCCUUCAAUUCACGACUCUAUCACUAAUAUCCCUUCACUGAGUUCCGGCACCGCGUCUGAAUUAGUAUCCACUCAAUACAGCCCCGACGUCUCCUCGGCCUCCUACCGCAUGCCAGUUUCUUCCAUGAUAUUGCCAUCACCAGCUCAAAUUUCCGAGCGGCUUAUGGCUUCUCGACAUUGUGACUCGCUUCUACCGCUCCCCCGAAUCGACCUUGCAGGUUCAAACAUUUUUCCUGCCCAAUCCCCGUCCGCGACAGAAUCCAGCUUUAGUUUUUCGGGCCUGUGCAAGGUGGAUAACGAACACCAGUAUUCCCCAACGAGUAUUCUUCACGGCCCCAGCGGCCACGAUUCUUCUUACUCCAGUCCUUGUGGCAGCAGUAGCAGUGCUUAUGACAGUGUCGACAUUCUGGCGCAGAGCUUCUCUUUGGUCCACAAUGACAACCACCAACACUCCAGAGCAACCCUGGCAAUGAACUUUUCUCAGGAACCGUCUUUUUGGACUCAGCAGCAAGUGGCUUUGGUGGACGCACUUCAGCCCGAGUCUUACUUCACGCACGAGCUUGGAGUGAACAUCGCUCAGAAACCCCCAUCCCACAGUUUCAACCUGAGCGUGAACUCCAUGGUGAACCAAGUUGGAGUGCCGAACAACAUCCCCAUUCCACAGUUUGAUUAUUUGUGUUGAGAGCAUCUUUGUUGCAUAUUUUCGUCGGUCUCGAUGUACUAGUAUAGCGAAUUUGCACAUGUUUUUCGUUUUUCGUUUUUAUUUUUAUUUAUUUUAUUUUUCCUUUGAUUUCUACCGCGUCCCCUUGAGGAGACGGAAAUCACAAUGGUGAAUGACGGAGGCGACAUUGGCCAUGCCAAUUCGGUCUAUGCGUUUGGAACUUGAAGGACCCUCUGUUUAUAGAGGGAGUUCGAGAGCUGCGUCAGGCGAGUGCGCCGCAUGUGCCCAAGUUUUGUAGAUAGUUGAGAUAAUAUCACUAGAUGGCAGAAUUGUUGUUGUUGUUGUUGUUGUUGUUUUGUGUUUUGUGUGUUUUUUAUUUUUUUUUAUUUUUUUAUUUUUUGUAUUUUUUGUGUUUUUUUACCAAUUUUUUGAUCGACACUCCCGCAUCCGGAGUGCCUGGCAUUUGUAUCAUUCAUGACCAUUUUUUUUGAAGAAUCUUCACCUCUUUUUAAAACAAA